AUGAGCAGUGAGCGACAACAACAGCAACAGCAACAACAACAGCAACAGCAACAACAGCAGCAACAGCAACAACAGCAGCAACAGCAACAACAACAUGGCGACCAAUACUCGAGUCGGCCGUCUUGA